AUCGAUCGGUCCACCAAGACAGCAAAGAAGUUCUUCAUCUGGAGAUGAGUGAGCAGCCUCCUCCAUAUCAUCCGUUCUUCCCUGACGGACCUCCACCUUCAAUGUUUCCUUCAGCUUUCAGCCCGCCGCCCACCAUCUUCCCUGGCUCAGCUUAUCAGACCUUCACAGGAGACCAGACCUUCUACCAUCCAGGACCUGCUGGUCAACACGGGGCCUCAGUGAUGCCACCAGGUUACCAUGGAGACCAACAUGGUGACAAACACCAACCUAAACACCCAGUGUACAUGGUGGAGCAGCGCCACCAUCAGGGCAGGGGCAUCGGGUCGUACCUGGCAGCGUGUUCAGCUGCUCUGUGCUGCUGCUGCCUGUGGGACCUGCUUCAUCGCUAAAGAGCUGAGGCAAUCAUCAUCAUCAUCCUCAUUGUUAUUAUCCCAUGUCUCAUCAUCUGUACAGCA